AUGGGUUUAAAUCAAGCCAAAAGCCAACCAUUAGUUACUGUUAAUGAUAAAAAUCUUCCAUCACAAACAACUGCUGAUAAUAAUGAAACAAAACCGAAAUGUAAAGCAUGUUGUGCAUGUCCAGAAACAAAAAGUAUACGUGAUGAAUGUGUACUCUUGAAUGGAGAAGAAAAUUGUUCAAAAGAAAUUGAAGCUCAUCGAGCUUGUAUGCGAGCAGCUGGCUUUAAUAUCUAG